GUGUGUGUGUGCGCGUGCGUGUGUUUGUGUGUUCGUUCUCGUUUGGUGAUGCUGGUUCCUGUGAUGAACUGGGUUAACGUUAGCACCAGUGUGUGUGCGAGACUGCAGAAACAUGGGGGAAGCGGAGACUGUGCCAUCAGACGAAAAACCCGCAGAAACUGGCGUCUGUACAGCCGAAGAAUCGAUUGUAUGGAGUCAGGAAGUCGAAGUGUGUCUUUUUCACGCCAUGCUCGGUCACAAACCCGUAGGGGUGAAUCGUCAUUUCCACAUGAUCUGUAUUCGUGAUAAGUUCAGUCAAAAUAUCGGCAGACAGGUGUCAUCUAAAGUCAUCUGGGAUCACCUGAGUACUAUGUAUGACAUGCAGGCUCUGCAUGAAUCAGAAAUACUUCCAUUUCCAAACUCUGAAAAGAGCUUUGUGCUUCCAGAAGAGAUCAUACAGGACGUCAAGGAAGGUAAAGUGGGAUCUGAAGAUGACGUGAAAGAGGAGUUCAAAGAAGAGAGCGACCCUCCUGCAACCCAUGAAGAAGGUCUGGGUCCCAGUAUGGCUGGCCAGGAUUUUGCGAGGCAGCAAUUCCUCCGUGAAGACGUCGGAGAGAUCGAGCAGCGGCCGAGAGAAAGAGCGGGCCGAGAAGGGGGCCUCAGGUGAGUCGGGCAGCGGGAUGAAGGAAUCGACUGGGGAAAAAAGGAAGAGGAGCCGAGCCGUGGAGAAGGUGAUGAACUCCAGCAACCCCUCCAGUCCCGGAGGAGCCAAACGCCGCAGGACGUAACCUUAGCCGGCUGCACAAGGACACAGGACAUCAGACAGGGAAGAAAAAAAAGACUGACAGAGAAAGGUGUAGCUGAUAUUGGGCACACUAGAGCCGGCACGAAGGUGAAAUGUGUGUGUGCGCGUGUUUUCUGCAGUCUGAGGUUCACAAAGAGACGGUCUUGUGCUUGGAGCAUUCUGAGCUGUUCACAGACAGAGACUGCAGAAAUAUAGUGGAAGGAAAGUCUUUGCUGGUUGUGUAGGAUCAGACUACACUUCUGGGAAAAGUAAGUAAUAUGCUUUCCUACACUGAGUUUGAGACAACACUGCAACCUUUUUUUGUUUUUAAGUGAAAACUGGGGAUUUUAAGUGGUAGCUCGAUUUUAUUUGUAUCCGAGCCAGCAUUCUUGAAAAGGACCAGAAGAUCAACUAGUUUGUUGUGUGAUUUUAUUAGGACUUACACUGCAAAUAAGCUGAGCUUGUUGUUUGUUAUUAACUGUAACUAUUAGACGGUCAUUAAGCAAACGUUUAGGAAACGAUGAAGAUUUUUUUUUCACUGUUUCUGGGUUAAUGAUUGUUUGAAUGAUUGGACCAGUUGUGUACUGAAUACAUCAGGAGUUAAACCCUGAUUAAACAAUCUUUGAGAACAAUGCUGGACUGAUUUGAUUUUAUUAUGUAUAUAUAUGUAUGUGGUUUCUGCUACAUUCAUUCUUCUAUGGCGUAAAAUUUAUUCCGGCCACGGCUACAAUACACAGGGAUGUGAUUCUUCCGUUUAUGGAUUUCCGUAUUUUCGUCUGAUUUGUGACUUGCACAAAUCCGCAGUUUUUUUUUUUGUUUUUAUUUGAGGAGGGGGGCUAUCGCGAGGUCUAUCGUCAUCAAAUCAGAUGACCUGAUGGUUUGCCCCUUUAGUGUUCCUCAAUGUGCACAAGGAGCAGCAGCAACUGUUUAAUUCCAGACAUCUCUCAUAGAUGUAAUUGUAGACCUACCUAGGCUGUUGUGUAUAAUGAUAUUGUGUAGUUCUAUAAUGUGUGCGUGUGAGGAAGCCGCUGCUCAUGAAAUUGCUUUAAAUGCGUGCGGGGCUGUGCACACUUCUUUUGCUCUCUCAAUGGCAUGUCUUGACCACGUGCGGUCUAUGUACAUUAUAAAUAAAGCCAGGACGCAUAUUUGUUGUUA